AUGGCUCGGUGGUGGUACACUGCUGGCAGCACUCUGCUGCUGUCGUCGCUGAGUGCGGCGGCUUGGCCAUACUCGACUUAUACUUCAAUGAACUUCCAACCACCUAAGCUGGAGGUCAACAAGACUGGCACCACCGAGGCGGGCUAUCUCUUCCUUGGUCCUCGUGGGGGCGUCCAGCCUGCUGGUCAGGCGGCUCUAAUCUACGACGACGAGGGCAACCUGGUCUAUGAAGGUCCCGAGGAGGUAACGGCCAACUUCCGUGUGCAACAGCUAAAUGGUGAAGAUGUUAUCACUUUUUGGUCCGGCACUAUGAUGGAUUUGGGCUUUGGUUACGGAGCUGUGCACAUCCUCGACAACACCUACAAAGAGAUUCACACAAUUACGUUGACCGGCGCCUUCGUCACUCCCGACAACGUGGCCAAGGACUCGUACAUUGACCUUCACGAGAGUCAUAUCACCUCCCGCAACACUCUCCUGGUGACUGCCUACAACGUGACCCAGCACGACCUGACCUCCCUCGGCGGCAAUUCUUCAGAGUGGAUGCUGGAUAGCCACUUCUACGAGAUCGACAUCUCCACUAAUCAGGUCCUUUACUCCUGGAGCGCUCUCGACCACGAGGACCAAAUUCCUCUCAACUCCUCGCACCAGAAGCUGGGCGCCGACGUCGGCUCCCAGGAGAAACCUUACGAUGCCUACCACAUCAACUCCAUAACCACGACCAACAACGGCUACCUCGUCUCCCUGCGCCAUAUGUGGUCUGGCUACCACAUCCUCCCCAACGGCAGCAUCGAAUGGCAACUGAGCGGCGCAAACGGUGGUGACUUUGCCCAGGUCGGCAGCGCCAACUUCAGCUGGCAGCAUGACAUGCGUGUGUACAAUGAGACUGAUGAGGACAUGGUCCUAAACCUGUUCAACAACGCCAAUACCCCGACUGACUCCGAGACUCCAACCACUGGCAUCAGCCUCUCCAUCGACCUGGUCAACAAGAAGGUCACUAGCCUACGCUCCCUGACUGACCCGAACGACCCCAUCCACUCAGUUAGCCAGGGCAGCUAUCAGCUACUUAACGAGGCUGAUGGACACGUCUUCAUGGACUACGGCUCUAUCUCCAAAGUCAAGGAGUUUGACGGUGACGGCAACGUCGUGUUCAGCGCGCAAUUCGGCCCGGACAAUGCCAUCGCAUCGUACCGCGGUUACCGCUGCCAAUGGAGCGCUGUUCCAUUCUGGAAGCCCUCGUUGACGGUCCAAAAGACCAGCGAAGGUGCUUCUGUAUAUAUGAGUUGGAAUGGUGCCACCGACUAUGAUAACUGGGUGGUGUACUCGGCUGCCUCAGCGAACGCGGUUAACGGGACGCAGAUUGAUAUUGCGCAACGAACUGGCUUCGAGACCGUGGUUAGUGUUGAUAGUCCACCUACUAACUAUAUUCAGGUUGCUGCCCGUCAGGGUACAAAGGUUCUUGGGACUUCUGAGAUUUUCUCUUUCUAA